GGUUCCUCACUCUAGCCCUAGUGCGCAUGCUCCGCGGGGCCACGGUUCUCCGACCGGCUGUGGUAGUGUCAGCUCCUGUGAAGGAAGUUUCCGCUUUGCACCCCACCCGGACCACAGUUCGGUUGUAGGGCCAGCUCCCUCCGGCUCCACAUCAGCGCAUCCGGAUCAUGGGGUUACCCAAGGGGCCGGAGGGCCAGGGGCUCCCGGAGGUGGAAACGAGAGAAGAUGAAGAACAGAACGUCAAGCUGACUGAAAUCCUGGAGCUCUUGGUUGCAGCUGGCUAUUUCAGAGCAAGAAUUAAAGGCUUGUCUCCUUUCGACAAGGUAGUAGGAGGGAUGACGUGGUGUAUCACCACCUGCAGCUUUGACGUGGAUGUGGACUUGCUCUUUCAGGAAAACUCUACGAUUGGUCAGAAAAUAGCUCUGUCGGAAAAGAUUGUCUCCGUCCUCCCGAGGAUGAAGUGUCCCCACCAGCUGGAGCCCCACCAGAUCCAGGGCAUGGAUUUUAUCCAUAUAUUCCCUGUCGUGCAGUGGCUGGUGAAACGAGCUAUAGAAACAAAGGAAGAGAUGGGCGACUACAUCCGAUCUUACUCCAUAUCCCAGUUCCAGAAGACCUACAGCCUCCCCGAGGAUGAUGACUUCAUAAAGAGAAAAGACAAGGCCAUCAAGAUGGUUGUUGACCUCUCAGAUGUUUACAAGCCCCGGCGAAAGUACAGACGGCAGCAGGGAGCAGAGGAGCUGCUGGACGAGGAGUCCCGAGUCCACUCGACGCUUUUGGAAUAUGGCAGGAGAUACGGAUUUAGUCGCCAGAGCAAAACAGAGAAGGCUGAGGACAAGAAAACAGCGCUGGCUGCAGGGCUGUCAGCUGCAGAGAAACCAGACGCUCAUGAAGAAGAUGAGCUUCAAGCAGCGGAAGAGCAACGUAUUCAGUCACUGAUGACCAAGAUGACCGCCAUGGCAAAUGAGGAGAGCCGUCUCACCGCAAGCUCCGUGGGCCAGAUCGUGGGUCUCUGCUCUGCCGAGAUCAAGCAGAUUGUGUCUGAGUAUGCAGGGAAGCAGUCUGAGCUGUCCUCUGAAGAAAGUCCAGAGAAAUUAGGAACCUCCCAGCUGCAUCAGCGGAAAGUCAUUUCCUUGAAUAAGCAGAUUCUGCAGAAGACCAAACAUCUGGAAGAGCUGCAAGCGAAUCAUAGCAGCCUCCAAGCAAAGUACAGCGACAGGAAGAAAACACUGACAGAGCUGAAGAAUCAUGGUGAGAAACUAGACAAAGAGCAGGCAGCCCUGGAGAAAGUAGAAGCCAAAGCCGACCCGAGCAUUCUGCAGAACCUGAGAGCACUCGUGGCCAUGAAUGAAAGUCUGAAAAGCCAGGAGCAGGAGUUUAAAGCGCACUGCCGGGAAGAGAUGGCUCGGCUCCAGCAGGACAUUGAGGCCCUGAAAGCUGAGAGAGCGCCAGGCGAGAAGACCAUCUCCAGUGGAGAACCGCAGGGUGCCCUGACCUCCACCAUGACUCACAAUGAGGACCUGGACAGACGGUACAACAUGGAAAAAGAGAAGCUGUACAAGAUCCGGUUACUACAGGCACGAAGAAAUCGAGAAAUAGCGAUUUUGCAUCGCAAGAUUGAUGAAGUGCCCAGUCGAGCAGAGCUGAUACAGUAUCAGAAGCGAUUUAUUGAACUCUACCGUCAGAUUUCCGCAGUACACAAGGAAACCAAGCAGUUCUUCACUUUGUACAAUACCCUGGAUGACAAAAAGGUUUAUCUGGAAAAGGAGAUUAGCCUGCUGAACUCCAUUCACGAGAACUUCUCACAAGCCAUGGCCUCCCCUGCUGCCCGGGACCAGUUUUUAAGGCAGAUGGAGCAGAUUGUGGAAGGCAUUAAACAAAGCAGGAUGAAGAUGGAAAAGAAGAAGCAGGAGAACAAGAUGAGAAGGGACCAGCUGAACGAUCAGUACUUGGAGCUCCUGGAAAAGCAGAGGCUCUACUUCAAGACUGUGAAAGAGUUCAAGGAGGAGGGCCGAAAGAAUGAGCUGUUACUGUCCAAGAUCAAGGCCAAGGCCUCCUGAGAACUCCAUUUCUGUAUGUCAGUGAUAUUUUUUUAAUGACGUGUAUAGACUACGGGAUCUUGACAUGGUUCUGCAGAUAAUGGCAGAGAGAUCCAGGAAGAUUCAUUUCCACUCUCUAGACGGAUGUUUUCUUUCUCCUACUUGUUUCAUUUCGUCUCUCCUGGCUCUGGCUGAUGGACUCAGAGUAACACCACGUGGAUAACACACAGAACCCUACGAAGAACCAUGGGCAGUGCCCACUCAUUCUGUCCAUUCAACUUGUAUUUCUUCAUUGACACUGCGUUUAUGAAGGUACCCAGAUGUGUGCGGGCUCUGAGAAUAAAGAGCGUUAUGUUCAGCAAGUAUUGAACAACUGCUAAGAAAUAAGCCCUGAGGUCAAUGUAGCUGAACACUGUCCCUGCCUCUCUGGCAUCUAGCAGGGGCUCAGAGAGCAGAUGCGACCCUCUUGCUCCCCAAAGCUUGUCCCCUGAAGUGUUUCAGAAGGCUGCUGGAUGAGCAGCCAGCCCAUUCACCUACCGUUGUGCCUUUUGUUCUGGCUUCUCACAGUACAUAGGGACUCUAGGCUUGGCUGGUGUGCGGAGCAAUUAGCCCACUGGUGUAGAGACAGAAGCAGGUGAGGUUCGGGUUUAUGAGAGUCCACCCAUUUGUGUUGUGAAGACAGAUACCAAGUGACCAUGAUGGGCUUUGGAAAUGGGAACCCUUGGUCUGGAGUCUGCGUUUCUCAGGCGUUGGCUUUGGUGUGGCUGUAGGUGCAUCCUGCCCUCAGGCUGCAUGUGGUCAAGGACAGCUGUGACGGUGGCUCCCCUGUAGCUCCUUUAACCCUGCACACAGCCCAGGCUCACUCCAUGGGAAUAUUGCAAAUGCACUUUUCAUUGAGGACACUUGAACAAGAAUUGAAGCUCUCCGUAUCCAGAUGGGCAUAUCCCUGUUGGAAGCAUGUUCUUGCACUGUCUGGGUUUCAGUGAAGGUUAAGAUGUGCACACUGUUGACUACUGUCAGCUCAGACAAGGGGAAAGACAGCAGGUGCAGUGCACGGAGGAAAAGGAGGUAGUACUCAGGGCUGUGAAGACUCCACGAGCAACCAGCACUUGGGCCAGAGCUGAAAGGAAUAGGAUAUUAGGUGAGAUGGGAAGGAGGGCCUCUAAUAACCCCUAAAGGGUUGGGUCUAGCCUCUGGAAAUGAGCAGACCAAAACAAUCACGGGGCAUCCCCCAGUCCCCCAGGUGUCAGGAACCUAACAACUGGGUCAUGCUCAGUAAACCCUAGUGUGAGGUUUGUGCUCCUUCUGCAUAAACUUAGCACACACAUGAACUGAAGAGCAGGUUGGGACCCUUAAACAGAAGCAGGUGGAGUUAGUUUCCUAUUGUAUGUGAUUAAGAGGCACGAGGCAUACAUACUGAUAGGAAAGGAGAGGUGCUGGGGCUCGGUCAGUGGAGUGCUUGCCCAGGUUCCAUCCCUAACAUCACAUAAAUAGACAUGGUAGCAUACACUUGUGACAGAGACAGGAGGAUCAGGACAUUGAGCGUGUUGUAGGCUAAACAGCAAACUGGAAACCAGCCUGGCCUACAUAAAACUCUGUCUCCCACCACAAAAGAACAGCCCAUGUAGGCACAAUAACACCAGUUGCUAAACUAGGGCCACCGAGCUGUGGUGAGCUGGGUAGGAACAGCAGCAUCUAAGGCGCCACUGCCCUGUGCCAGCACACACCUGGUGAGCCGCGGGUGCAUUACCUCCUCAGGGACAUACAUGGUCAUGGGAGCAUUGGGAAAAGGCUUGGCUGGAGUAGUGUAAAAUAAUAAUAAUGUUCAUAAAAAUAAAGUCGUUCUUUGGGGGAGAACACAACAUUUUGACCAUGUGAGAGCUAUACCAAUUCAGAAGAGAGGCUCAUCUGUCUGCAUUAUCUUAAAAGAAGCUAAUUUACCCAGAAUUCUGGCUAAUGUCAGUGUUUGAACAGAGAUGUAGGGAGGGAAGUGGGAACAUGUUAGGUUCAGGGUUAGAGGGGUCCACCUGUCUAUGUCUGGGAGAGGCACGGAAUAACUGAUCUAAAGCCACUAACUAUAACUGGCUUUGGAAAUGAGACCCUUUAUCUGGUGCUGUUUCUAGAGAGUUUCUUUUGCUGUGGUUGUCGGCAUGAUCAACUGAGGCUGCCUGUAGCCGAGGGUCACUGUGAACGUGGCCCAACAGGAAAUUGUAAAGUAAUUUAGAACACAGGUUAUUUUCCCUCCCUUUUUUUAAAACUUCAUUACACCGUGUACUCUGUAAACUUUGUUGAUGACAGUGUCAUGUUGUAGAAGCAAAAGGUUGAUCACUCCUGGGAGACAGAGAGUGGGUUAAUAACUCUUGGAAGAGAGAGAUUGGUGGAUACUUUGUCCAAUUCCUUAAUCCAUGAGACGUAAUAGAGAUGAUGAGAGGUUGCUGUUACUCGUUCUUCAGUACCAGGUACGACCUCCCUCUUGAGGAGCAGGCAGCGGAUCUAAAGAGAAUGCAGGUGGUUGACCUGUAGUCGAGUCUCUAUGACUCCAAUGUUCUCAUCUUGCCUGCCAGGUUGGUAUUACAGUCUGCAAGUUCAUAGCUGGGUAAGACUGUUGCUGACACCCUCACCCCAGCUGUCUGUGUAGCAACAUCGGACACUGUGAAAGCUAGCCAACAGAAAAGAGAUCUCUAUUCAACUCAGAUCUAUCUUGAUUUCUCUGUCCUAUAUUCAAAGUAUGUGGUAUCUAAAGCAGUAAUGUCUUAUUCUCUGGUUCUGGUUCUGGUAAGCAACAAUAAGCAGUAGAUAACCUGUAUUGUUUUGGAGCCUUGUGGGUAGGCUGUGUUACUUAGGUCUUUGAAUUAGACCACAGAAGGUGGCCCUGAGAACCCUACAUAGACAGCACCUUCGUGGGUAAUUCCAGCAUGAAGUGGGCUGUGCAGUCUGACAUUAUUAUUGGCUGAGGAGAUUCCCUGAGACCAGUGGUCACUUCAGAAUCCACCUGGAGGCUAAUGGAAGUAAGGGGCCUCCUGGGACAGUGUCUUCUGAACCGAGGCAUAGCACAGCAUUGUGUUUGGAGCCUACUGGCUUUUACCAGAAUUACAAGAUGCUGGGGAAACAUCUGUAGGUCACUCUUUUUUUAAGUGUGCACUAGAAGAGAAACCAAAUUCAGAGCAGAGAGCUUGUUCCCAGGGCUGACUCCCUGUGCCAUGCAUUCUUAGGACCAGCCUGUAGGUCAGGAGCCACCUUCCCUCCCACCUACUUUUCAUGAGGUGCCUGAGGGUGCUCUGGUUGAGACCAUGCUCAGAGCAUCUGUGAGCAGGAUGAGGCUGAAGUGAUAGUGGAAGGUCUGGGAGGAUGUAGGGCCAUUCUGCUGUUGUCCUUGUUCAGUGGUUAGUCAGCCAGCAUCACAGGCAGUGGCGAGUACUGUAGAAUGUCUGCCAACCUGCAUCCAAAGGUGUUUCUGUAAUAAAGCAGAGUCCUUGUUAGGCAUAAGCUCCUGUUAGUCUGGUUUGUAGCACUUGAUUCAAGAACAGUGAAGACACAGGCUUGCGGUAGAACCAAACCCACACUGGUCACCAGGGAAGGCUUUCCUUCUCCAGACUGUUUCUGGGGAACCUCCUGGGGCCUUGAACAAAGCAUGGAGCAGGCCUUCCAACAGCUCUCUUACUACCUCCCAAGGUCCUAUUCCCAUCCUUUGUCACUUUGGCAGCCUCUUGUCUUUUCUAUCUUGAAUACUGUAGACACGACCUGAAGGGGUAUCUGAGACACCCAGGCUGGCCUGCAACCUCUGUAUGCAUCCCUUCUGCAUCCCCAUGGUUCUGUCAGGCCUGCUCUCCAGGUGAUGGAUGAUCAGUUUAAAGGAGCUGGGCAUCCUAGCAAUAACUUCCUACAUGGACUUUGGCUUGUGAAGGUUCAGGCAGUUGAACUGAAGUAUGUUCUAAGAAGUACCAUAAGGAAGUGUCUUAUGAUGUACUAUUGACAGGGUUCAUCACUGAGACAAAGACCUAAAUACAGAGCAGUACAAUGAAGAGCCCAGGAACAUGGGUCGGGGUGUCUGUGGUAGCUGAGCAUGGCUAGAGGAAGGGCCUUCUGAGGUGCAUCUUAGAGCUUGCCAUGCUCUCCCUCCUAGCAGCAGUGGGGCCGAAGUGGUGUGUAAACAGUAAUGAAGGGCAGGGGAGAUGUCUCAGUCAGCAAAGCAUGAGGACCGGAGUUAGGAACCCCAGCAUCAAAGCCAGGCAUAGCAGUGUGCCCUUGUAUUCUCAGCACCAGAGAGGUGGAGACAAGGAUCCCUGGGGCUCGCUGACCAGCCAGACUAGCUAAAUUGGUAAGCUCCAAUUCAGUGAGAAAACUUGUCUCAAAAUUAGGUGGAGAGCAAUGAAGAUGGCAUCUGAGUUGACUUCUGACCUUCACAUGCACAAGGCACACACAUGCACAGGCACACACAUGCACAGGCACACACAUGCACAGGCACACACAUGCACGGGCACGCACAUGCACGGGCACACACAUGCACAGGCACACACAUGCACGGGCACACACAUGCACGGGCACACACAUGCACAGGCGCACACACACACACAGGCACACACACACACAGGCACACACACGCACGGGCACGCACAUGCACGGGCACACACAUGCACGGGCACACACAUGCACGGGCACACACAUGCACGGGCGCACACACACACACACAGGCACACACAUGCACGGGCACACACAUGCACAGGCGCACACACACACACACAGGCACACACAUGCACGGGCACACACAUGCAUGGGCACACACACGCACGGGCACACACAUGCACGGGCACACACAUGCACGGGCACACAUAUCCCCAUACACAUAAAGGAACAUGCAUAUACAAAAAAAGAAUGCAUGUUUUCCUUCUCGAGUAACUAUGUGUAAGAUCAUGAGCAGGGCUUUAGUGCCUCAUAUGCAGUGUGUUUGACACCGGGGGAGUCACUGCUUCUGUAUCCUCCUGUAUCCUCAUUGGCCUAUCUCAAUUUCCCAGACGGGCCAGGCUGCCCUCCACUGAUACUCUCCUCUUGUGUCUGUCGUCUCCAUGAUUUUGGGUGAUGUCUUCACACUGGCCUCCUGGUCAUAUCAAAGUCCACUCGAGACAGUCCUGUUGUCUGUCCUAAUGACACGUAUUGCUCACUGUUUUACGUCCCUGACCCUUUGCAAGGUCUACAUCUUCCUUCGGCAUGUGUAAGGGCGGGGGAAGCAGGGACCCUGCCCACCUCACUGUGGCGCAUCAGACAGUCAGAACACCCCACUUGGUUAAGUUGGCUCCCCAAACUGUUAUCUUUGCAUCUUAGAGUAGCAAAAUAUAGAUCUAACCUAAUCUGUGCUCAGGUUUAAACAGGCUGUCAGUUCUAGUCAGCACUAGAGAAGCCCUCUAAGGCAUGUGUUCAUUAGUCGCUAACCUUGAAGGAUGGAAGGGAGAAAGAGUUUUCCAGAGGUUUCUAGGCUUUGUCUCCGAGGUGAUCUUUCGGAGGUGUGCAGUGUUGCGGCGGGGAGGGCACAUCGAUGUUAGUCAGGACGGUUAGCUGCUCUUCCUUCAGACCUGGUAGAUGAUCGCAGGAAACGGGCAGUGCUGUAGAGCUGCGGGCAGCAGCACCCUGUGCAGUAGACGGCAGAGCUAGGAGCCUACAGCCUCCUCGGAGGACAGAGAGUAAUGUCACGAAUCCAAUUGUACCGCCUUUGGAACCAGCUGUGCCACGUAUAGGAACUUUUCUUAUGUGCAGAAACUUUUAUUAAAGCAAUGUUUGUAAUAACAAAAAGGUUAGAAACUACCAUUAAUUCAGAACAAAGGUGAAAACCCCUGGCCCGUCUCUACAAUGGGGCAUUUUGCAGACACUGAAAAGAGUAGUAUGUACUGCCAAGGAACGUUCACGGGAUCUUGGAGCCACAUGGCUAAGUGGGGGAAGAAAACAUGCAUGAACAUGCAUGAAAUUCUAGUGUUUGGAAUCGAGAUAAAUACAUGUUGGUGUGUGGAUUCAUAUGUGUGUGUGCGUAUACUCACACAUAUGCUUGUGAUAUGUCUGCUUGCCUGUUCCCAGACUGUCUCUGAGAAGUGACACAGUAGCCUGGCAGCCUCAGUUGCCGCUUGGAAGAGGGUGGAAAUGACUUUUCCCCGUUUGCCUUUUGUACUCCAGAAUUUUGUACCAUGUACAUGGAUUAUCUACUCAAAAAUAAAUAGUUUUUGAAGUUU